UUAUUAUUUCCUCGAACAACAAUAGAAAAGACAUCAUAUGAAGAAAAAAUAGCAUUAAAUAACUUUGAAUCAUAUUUAAUUGGCUCUACCGAUACACGUCAAACAAAUUUUUCUGGUAAAACAUUAAAUGAUAGUAGUGGCCAUUUAGGUUAUUCAUUCCCUAAGUUUAUGGUUUCGUCUAAGAGCAAUACCGAAAUCAAUGAAGGUAAAAAAUUAUUAUUAGGAAUUCCAAAUAAAAAUUCUGAGGAUGCCGAUCAAAUAAAUAAAAAGCAGAUUUCACUAUCCAUUUCUAACAAAAAAUCAGCAGAACUUGAAUCUCAAAGCGAAAACUCUGAGGAUGCUGAUCAAAUCAAAAAAAGUCAAAUUUUACAAUCCAUUUCUAAUAACGAAUAUCAAAGCGAAAACUCUGAGGAUGCUGAUCAAAUCAAAAAAAAUCAAAUCUUACAAUCCAUUUCUAAUAAUGAAUCUCAAAGCGAAAACUCUGAGGAUGCUGAUCAAAUAAAAAAAAAUCAAAUUUUACAAUCCAUUUCUAAUAACAAAUCAAUAGAAGUUCAAUCUCAAAGCCAAAAUUCUGAAAUUGUUGAUCAAACUAAUAAAACACAAAGUUCACAAUUCAUUUAUAAUAAAAGCACAAUUGAAUUGUACAAUUUGAAUUAUGGAUUAAUUAUUAAUUUGCAAAAUGUAUAUACUGCAAAAUAUCCUGCAUUCGAGUAUAAAUCAGUGCCAAAAAUAACUUUUAAUGAAAACUGUUAUGCAAAAAUAUUAAUACCCAAGGACGAAAAUGAAUUAUUUUUGUUAAAAAAACAUAUAGACGUUGAAUCAUUUCAAAAAAAAUUACCAUCCGAAUUAGUUACAAUAAUGAUGCCUCCUACGAACUUUUCAAGUGAUGAUUCAUCCAUUUAUGAUAUUUAUUUGGAAAUCGUGUACCAAAAAAUUGAGCUUACUUUUGAAAAAAAGCUGAUGCAACCAACAGAAGAAAUUAAAAAAGCAGUGAUUGAUGCAUUGAACGAGCAAUGGCCAUAUCGAAGUUUAAUCAAACUAUUCAAUACGUAUGGAUAUAUUAUACCUCGUAAGUUAAUUUUGGGAGAAAAAUUGUAUAAAAUGUCACGUAUUUUAUCUCAAAAGAAGAUUAAACCUGAUGAUUAUAAGCUUGAAAAUGAUGAUUUAUCUAAUUACUCAUCAAAAUUAAAUCAACUUUUAAAUUUGUGGGAAAAUGAGUAUGAUAUUAAUAUCAGUUAUUUUAUGACAAUGGAUUACGAUGCUAUUAAUAAAGAAACUAUCACAAAAUGGAUAAAUGCAUGUUCUAAUCAUGAUAUCGAAGCAUUAAAAAUUAUUAAUCAAAGUGAUCCUUUUCCAUUAUAUGAAAUAUUUGAAGAGUCUGUUAGUGAAAAAGUCAAGUUGAUAUUACAAAGAGGAAACGAAAAACAAGUGCUUAUGACAGGGAUUGUGCAAAUUCAUAAAAAUAAUAACUAUUAUCGUAUAAGCUUUUCUGAUAAAGUAGAUAGAAGCAACUAUCAAAUUUUUGCAAAGAUUAUAAGAAUUGACGGAACUAAUAAAUCAAAAAUAGAUGUAAUUGAUGAGGCUACUAUUAAAAUAAUGUCAACAACUAAAUCAGGAUUUAUAGCAAUAAUUGAAAAUCUUGAUAAGUAA